AUGAUGAAAAUUAGUCUUUCCAAUACUAAAAAGCACAGUGCUUUGUGGAUGAAUCAUUUAAUGAAUAUACACACUCAUCAUUAUGGUGGGAAAAGAGAGUUAAUGUCUACCUUGCGGAAUCUAAAUAUAUGGAAGGAUCACAAGUCCCAUGAUCUCAGCAAGAAUUUUUUCAAGCACACAAUUGGUCCCGAUACGAGCACGAAUCAUCAAACAGUUGUGGAAUGUUCCAGACGGAAUUUUAGUCAGAAUUUAGCUUGUAAACGAAAUAAUGUAGUUAUAGAUUCAUUUAGAAAUAUUUGUAAAGAGUUUGAAAUUCCAUUGCCUUUAGAAAACACAAAUUUGUUAAAGGCUGUCCUACAGACAGAUGGUACUACAUCGGAAGCACACAGAUUGAAUUUUAUUGGUCGGAAUGUUACAUCACUAUGUAUUGCCGAUUAUCUAUUCGCUCACUUUCCUAACCUGAGUCAAGAUCACUUGACACUUGCAACACAAGAAUUUUUGAAAAAAAGAACAAUUGUAGAGGUUGCAAAAGGAAUCAAGUUGGACAAUUUAUUGAAGGGAAAUUUCUCAAACAUUGAAUUUUCAGCAAUAGAUCCAGAAUUAGAUGCUGACGAUGAAAGAAAAGGCGACUUGAAUAUUGAACGAAACAACUUGGAUUCUCUUUUGGUAUUUUCAGUUUUUAGAAUUGUUGCUGCAAUAUUUGACCAAUGUGGAAUUUUGGAAGCAAGAAAAUUCGUUGUGAAACAUAUAGUGUCUAAGAGCGUGGACAUUACUGGCAUGUUGCAUUCAUUCGAUCCAAGGUUACAACUCACACAAAUGGUACAAACAGGUGAGAUGCAUGACCACGCUCACAAAAUUAUCCAAUUUAAAGAAGUGGGAAAGGACGAGAAGAAAUUUGUCACUGUUCAUGUUUUGGCUGAUGGUGAAGUGAUUGGUGAGGGUGUGGGCCAAACGAAAAAGAUUGCAGAACAAAAAGCGGCACAAGACGCCCUCAACAAAUGGUUUUCUUUUUACCAUGGUGCUCCAACUCCACUCCAAAAGUUUAAGGCAUAA